ACCCUUCUAUAAAUAGAAACGCCUCCGGCAUUACUGCUUUUAGAGGCCGGUCUUCAUUAGCCAAGUUAGAACAGAACUCCAUUUCACUUCUUUUUGGAGUCUACUGGACAGAUCGGGCAAUAUUUGGAUCUUCUUAAAAAAUUGAAAGAAUUCCAAGACUCACGAAUCCUCAAAGUGUGUAUUUGACUUGACCAGUCAUAGAAAAGUUAACGAACGAGUAUACCAAGUCAGGGGUGUGUGUAUCAUAAAAACUAAACAAUUUGCUGGUUACCGACGAACUGGUGUAUACAAACAACCAUACCAGAAACAACCAGGAGUGAGUGUGUAUCAUACAUAACAGAUUUUCAGGUUACCAACCAACUGGUGUAUACAAACAGCAAACAACCAUAACAAAAACAACAUCAACCUAAAUAAAUAUGUCCAAGGAAGCUCCCAAACACGUUGCGUCUAUGAUCAAUGAAGUUACACGAUUAAAGUCUUUUUUUUCUCUGAUUAGUUGGAGUGGAUUUAAUUAUAAUAUUCGAAACGGACCUAUAAGACUAGCUAAACAAGGGAUAUUUUACCACGAUGAACAUAAUAUUUUGAUUUGCUUUAUCUGUAAGAAGGAAACCGACAUAGAUGAAUUACAGAAUAUAAUAAUUAUCCUACACACCAGCACCUGUCCUUUUAAAGAUGGAUCACGGAAUAAUUCUGUAAGCAGUAAUAUACCCAUUCAACAUCCAGAUGAUGACCAAUGUCAACUGAUUAAUAAUGAACUAUGUGGACGAUAUUGUGAAAAUGACAGCAAUAGUUAUAUGUCGAUAUCCCAGGAAAACAGUGGUCAAGCACCAAGAGAUAGUUUGAUACGGCCAUUUUCUUUCAAUAAUAAUGACAGCAAUAGGCUUAUGUCGAUAUCCCAGGAAAACAGUGGUCAAACCCCAAGUGAUAGUUUGAUACGGCCAUUUAGUUUCAAUAAUGACAGCAAUAGGCUUAUGUCGAUAUCCCAGGAAAACAGUGGCCAAACACCAAGAGAUAGUUUGUUUGGGGUGAUACAGCCCCUUUCUUUCAAUAAUGUUAUUAAUAAUCCUUUUAACUUAAUUUCAACAAAUUUUACUAAUUCAACACAGAGUAUGAGAAUAGAUAUUCCUGAAAGUCAACCUUUUCUGAAUAAUUCAACACAGAGUAUGAGAAUAGAUAUUCCUGAAAGUCAACCUAUUCUGAAUAAUUUAACUAGUCUUCCGGUUCCCAGUAAUCAGACUGUCGGCAAACCAAACCCCCCUACCUGUUCACCAUCACGUGACAGUAAUUCACAUCAUCAUCGUCAUCCACAAGAGAGUACUGAUUGUGGAUCAAAGAACGAAGGUGAAAUUCCUUAUCUUUCUAACCCUAAAGAUAAUAAUAAUCGGAAAGCCUGUGAUACACCGAUGAUGGCAAGUUAUCAAAACAGAUUGGAUACUUUCAAGAAAUGGCCACAUCAUUCAAUUUCACCCCGCGAUGUGAGUAGGGCAGGUCUUUAUAUGACAGGUAAAGGAGACUCUGUACAAUGUUUUACUUGUGAUGUAAUUUUAAAAAGCUGGAAGCCGACCGAUGACCCGUUUACAGAACACCAAAAAUGGUCGCCAAACUGCUCGUACAUUGCUGAAAAAUACUCUAAAAGUAAAACUGACAAUAUAUCCAAGGUACCUCAACAAAUAGCAAUACAUUGA